AUGUCGGAGAAAUACACUGUGGCACAGUUAUACUCAAAGCUGAACCCGAAGUCUUCUGAGCUUUUGGGCCAGAGAGGGAGGAAUAUUGAAAUCCAUCCUUGUCCGGAUAAACUCACUCCCGAUUCGGCGGCCCUCAGUCUCUAUGAAUGCGCUACGCUCCGCCGUGUCGGGCUCGUGCGUACGCUUCGUGCAGGAUGGUUUCGACCUGGACCUGACGUACAUCACGCCCAGGCUCAUCGCCAUGGCGUUCCCCGCCUCGGGGAUCGAGAAGACUACAAAGUCUACAACCUGAGCGAGAGGAACUACGACUACAGCAAAUUUGAGGAUCGCGUCGUCGAGUUCGGCUUCCCAGACAACCACCCUCCUCCGUUGCAAUUACUGCUAGGCAUAGUGAAGACAUGCUCCGGUGGAUCUCCGAGGGCUUCAACCACGUCGCCAUCGUACACUGUGUGGACGGCAAAGGCCGCACGGGCCUCGUGUGCUCGUGCUACUUGCUGCUCACCGGUUACUAUGGCAAUGUGUUCAAUCUCACCAAAGAGCGCGAGCUGCGAGAGAUCGCCAACUCCAGUAUCCGAGACUUCUGGAACGCCAGAGGCCAGGGUGGUGUGGAAAUUGGGUCGAGUGCCCACCCAGAUACCGCCGCUGAUGUCAUCCAAAAAGAUUUUCAUCCGCAGUAUCGCGCUCAACGGCAUCCCGGACUUUGACGCAGCACCGAGAGGAGGCUGCACGCCGUUCUUGCAGAUUCUACCGGCGCCCUCGCAACACCAGCAAUCGACUCCGCUGUUGUACAACAGUUCGUGGCAAAGACCUCGGUUUGAAACUUACAAGGCGGACCCGAAAGGGUCCAUCGUCUUUGAGAGUGGGGGCGUCAAAGAGAUUAAUGCGGAGCAGGACCUGGUAACACCAACGAUGCAAGGUUGGCUGCUGUACAAGCCGGGCGGAUUGUUCAAGAACUGGAAAAAGUGGUGGGUCGUGGCACAUGAGGGCAAACUGAUGUGUUACCACGGACUGUUGGAUGUUACACCCGCGCUAGAGGCCGUUGAUUUACGAGGUGUGAGUGUGGAAGUCUGUGAGGCUUGCGAUACCAGUGAAUCGAGCAAACGUGCUCACUUUUUCAAGGUUUUCCUCCCAAGUACUGGCCAGCGUACAUUGGUUUUCGGUGCCGAGGCCGAACAGCAUCUCGUCGCUUGGAUUCGAGCGAUAGGCGUUCAUUCUGCCUACGGUACCGUCGACACGAUAAAGACGGACAUGAAUUCUUUACCAAGCUUUGAUAAAGGCGUGUUGUCAUCACCAGUGGCUUCUACCAUCCUUGCCGAGCUACCAAGUAAAAUGCUGUCAGUGGAAUUACCCGGGACGUACAUCUACUCGGCAGACGAGCUACAGGAAGUUGCGCGUCUUGAGAAAUUCCUGUGCGAGACACGUGUGAAAGCACUCCCCCAACCGAUGACAGUCUCAAUUCGGCGGUUGAUGCAGCGUUUGGAGUUAAACGUUCCCCUCACGGAUCAUUACUCCGUCAGCUCCAGUCCUAGUCGUCGGCGGCGACACGAAGGCAAUCUUGGAUCGAGACAAGCGUCAUAUCUGCAAAAUGACAACAAACCAAGUGAUGGAGAGUUGUGUCUUUUGCCGGAAGAGGAGGUAGCUACCGCUGACGAUCCUGACCAUGAUGAAGAUCAUUGCCAACACUCAAACCAACUGGAAAUAGGCCCAAUUUCUAGGCUAAUCUCGACAGAGGGCGGUGAUACGGUUGCUGCGUGCUAUGAAACUUUGUUGACGAUGUGUGGAGAGAUGCACGAGACUUCCGCAAUGGGCAAAUGUGUCCUGGAGCGAUUCGUCACGAUUCAACUGCAGAUUAACGAGCAAAAAGACAACCGUUCAUCGGUGCGGCAUGACUUUCGAGUCCUCCGAUCUCGUUUUCACGCGUUUCUCGUACAAUACAAGCUAGCACCAGCGUUCGAGCGACUUGUCAGUGCUCGGACUGUCGUUGACCUUCUGCGAGAGUUUCACGAGUCACUCGAUUUGAUCGAAACCAAUGUUGCAGGUCCGUCAAUUAGUUCCUCCAACCCAAGUUGGAUGGAACAAUGGGAGCGGGAACGACAAGAAGUGGAGAAACAACCAGACGUCACAGGAAAACGCCUUACUCUUGCUAAACUGUGA